UUUUGUCUGCAGCAUGGCCUCCUCGGGGAAUCCUUGUUUUUGGAACGAAUUUGAAUUAAAAAAGCCACCGUUGGUGACACUGCAAGUGGAGAACACUGGAUUCGCCAAGCAUGUCUAUGUGGAUAUCAACAGGUUCCUCUUGCAACAGUGCGGAGAGAAGGAGACGAAGGAGUUCGACGAGACGGCGGCGUUAAUUGGACGACUAAUGGCCCGCCGGAAAAACUCGUUUCGAAAUGUUCCUGGCUUCCGUACUGUCUGCAAACUAAACGCGGCUCUGUGUCGGUUGUUACGUUUGGAUUUGGCCAGGGAUCUGGAACAGUUCCGAGGCACUCUGCCGGAUGUAUGUGAUGGGGAUUCUGACGGGGUCUUGCCCACGCGCAGCAGCUUCCAGUUCAUUCUGGUGCGGCUUCUCAGCUUCUAUCAUCUCCACGAACGAAUCCGGGAAUGCUGCAUCAGCGCAGCCACGUAUUUCACCCAGCUCCUGCGGAAUAACUUCUUUAUGGAUUUUGUCACCCUGUUGCUGGCAGCCAUUGCCAAGAUCAAUAAGCUGAGCACCCUUCAGGCGAGCCACAGUGCCGAUCUCUACAACAGAUUAUGGCCACAAGUCCCCAAUUUUCCGCAAGUGGAAAAGCACCGAUUUCUAAUGGAUAAUCAGGAUUUACCUGCAAAAUUGAGCUCACCUGUGAGUACCAAGGAGGUAACAUCACCCACCCCUGCUCCUGUUCUAAUGAAACCAAAAGAAGUCGUGACCAGAGUGGAAAGAGCCAAGUCCGAUGUGGGUACAGUGAUAGCCCGGAAGGAACCAAGUAAUACUUUAAGAUCUGCGAAGCCUAAAUUCAAUGCAGCUGAAGUCCUGGCCACUGUUGAGGAUGCCCAGCGCUUUAUUGCCCGCGAAACCAAGGCCAGGAAUCAGAAUCCUCCGCCAGAGAGCUGCCUGACAAUGAGGAUCUCCAAGCAUGAGUGGCUUGCGGCCCAGACCCUUUUUCAGCGUAAAUUAGGCAAAGAUCCAGCCAAGGCUUUAAGUAUAUUUCGCAAGUUUAUUAUAAGCAAAAUAAAGUAGAG